AUGAGCGCAUCUCGGUUCAUAAAGUGCGUGACCGUUGGUGACGGAGCUGUGGGUAAAACCUGUCUGCUCAUCUCUUACACCAGCAACACUUUCCCUACGGAUUAUGUCCCCACUGUUUUCGAUAACUUUAGCGCUAAUGUUGUUGUUAACGGAGCCACUAUCAACCUAGGCUUGUGGGAUACCGCUGCAGGGCAGGAGGAUUAUAACAGAUUGAGACCCUUGAGUUACCGCGGUGCUGACGUUUUCAUCUUAGCCUUUUCUCUUAUCAGUAAGGCUAGUUAUGAGAAUGUCUCCAAGAAGUGGAUCCCUGAGCUGACCCACUAUGCCCCUGGUGUCCCCAUUGUUCUUGUUGGAACCAAACUCGAUCUUAGGGAUGACAAACAGUUCUUCGUUGACCACCCUGGUGCUGUACCUAUUACCACUGCUCAGGGAGAGGAACUAAUGAAGCUCAUUGGAGCUCCUUCGUACAUUGAGUGCAGUUCAAAAUCACAGGAGAACGUGAAGGGGGUGUUUGAUGCAGCGAUCAGAGUAGUACUUCAACCUCCAAAGCAGAAGAAAAAGAAGAGCAAAGCACAAAAGGCCUGCUCCCUUUUGUAAUUUCUCUACGCUCAUGUCACUCUCUUUUGUCUCUUCCUCUCUCUAGUGAAGGCUUAAGAAGGAGAAACACAGUGGUCUUAAAGAUGGUUCAGAGUUCGUUGUGAUAAGCUUCCUUAAUCCUAGAAACGAUUACUUCUCGUUUUACAGAUAAAUAGUUCCCAGCUUUAGCUGAGAGCUAAGAUUGCACUACCAUUAGUUCUCUCUUUUACCAUUAGUUCUCUCUUUUGUCAUUAUCUCUACUCUUCCUCCUAUUUCGUUCAGUAACAAAAGUUGACCUUAAAAGGUUGCCCUAUCAAGCAUGUACCUCGUACAUACGCAAAGACUCUCAUCAUCGGCUAUACUAUUGUAUAAAUGCUUGUUAAUGUAGUUGGCUCAUUUUACUCACGUUAACAUCAAUAUUGAAACACACAGA